AUGUCUCUCGUGAACGUGACGCUCGAUCCGGAGCUGGACGUCGUAGCCCCUGUGGCGUUCUUCAUGGGCCAGCGAAUCAUCGUAUUGGAAAGCUUUUUGCUUCUUGCACUGUACGCGCCUUUACUAUGCACGUACUUGGCGUCGCUGUACUAUCUCUGGAGAGGCGGUCUGCGUUCAGUGCUCAAUGUAGUGCACUUGGGAACUGUCAGCGCCAUGUUCGGUCUUACCACGAUCUAUAUCGUGUCGGUCCUGGUCUAUGCGAUGGAUUCGUUCGACUACAUACUGAGCCGCGGGGAUGAGUCGUUCCUUCGUGACGCACAUGUCGUUGACCAACUUGCGUUCGCAACCUUCUCCACCACCGUCGUCUUAGGCGAUGCCAUCAUCCUCGGGCGUGCGGCCGUGAUUUGCGCAUGGCCGCGAUGGGCAAGACUUCUUUGCGCUGUAGUAAUCAUCUCACAGGAGGCCUCUUGGAUAGCGGGAACAUUACGCGGGUAUCAGCUCGUGGCUGAGGUACUAAGCUUGACUAUCAGUCUGGCAGCCACCAUUGCUAUCUCGACAAGGACAUGGCAGCAUCGUAUGAUGCUUCGCAAGAAGAUUGCCAUGGUUUCUCGGCGGAGCGCCUUGGAGAGCAUCCUGACGAUUCUGACGGAGACGGGCAUCGUAUACACAGCGCUUUGGGCCGUUUACAUCCCAUCCCAUCUCUCAAAUCCCGUCGUCUAUCGUGCCGUGAUGAAUGAUGUCAUGACCAUCGCCGCGCCCCUCUAUCCCACGUUGAUCGUGAUUGUCGUUGCGCGGCACAAGUCAGAGCUCGAGAAUCAGCUCACGAGCAUCGAACCGCUGACGGUGUCGGACUCUGAGCGUCUGGAUCUGCUUCCUCAGGAGGAUAACAUGGAUAAUAGAGGUCUCGCCGAGUUCAACCCGUAUAUUGUGAUACCGAAGGAAAGUGCAGGUUCAUGA